AUGGCGGUCGACUAUCGCAGCGGCGUGUCUAUCCUCCUCUUGAUAUUCUACCUCCCAGCGCUCGCGGUUGCAAUCCUCCUCACUAUCCGCCAUGGCUUCAGGAGAUCCUCCGGCUGGCGCUUCAUGAUCAUCUUCACCCUAGCUCGCUUCCUCUGCGCAUGCUUCCAGCUCGCUACUAUCAAUCAGCCAAGGAAUGCGUCCCUAUACGUCGGCUAUACCGUCCUCAUCGGCAUCGCCGUCUCCCCUCUUGAGCUGGUGGCUUUUGGCCUGUUGAGCCGAAUCACAGAGAGCAUCAACAAAUUCCACCAGACGCUCGUCACCGUGCGACAUCUACAGCUUGCCGAACUGCUCAACACUGUGGGUAUCAUCCUCAGUAUCGUCGGUGGCGUGGACUCCGGCAAUGAUUACCAGAAGACCGGUCGUUACGUUCCGCAGACUCUGACCAAAGUCGGCCUCGGACUCUUUAUCGCUUCUUUCGUCGCCAUCCUAGCAACCACGGCCAUUCUCUCCUCGUCCAUCUCGCAUGCCGAACCGGGCGAGAAAAGAAUCCUGCUCGCCGUGGCGGUGUCGCUGCCGCUGCUCCUCGUCAGACUGAUAUAUUCUUCCGUCUACAAUUUCGGGGACGUUUCGAACUUCAGCUCCCUCAGUGGGAGCGUCACCAUUUUGCUGUGUAUGGCGCUGUUGGAGGAGAUCGCCAUAGUGCUGAUCUAUGAGGGUGUUGGCCUGACGCUGAGGAAAAUUGGCAAGCAGGACGGUGCCACAGGCCAUACUCAGUCGAAAUUUACGACGAAUGAUGUAGAGACCCGCGGCCAGGAACUUGGAAGCAUGUGA